UUCCACAAAACCUCCACAAUGGUGCAGUGAAGGUUUAUCAGGAGGGGGGAAACAAUGUCAUUAUGACAGACUUUGGACUGAGAGUCACGUAUGAUCUGGUCUACCAUGUCACUGUCACUGUCCCUGGAAACUACAAUGGCAGAACCUGUGGUCUGUGUGGCAAUUUUAACAAUGACAAAGCAGAUGAGUUCCAGCUGCCGGAUGGAAACCUGACCAAGGACUUCAAGACCUUUGGAGCAGCAUGGAAAGUAAUUGUGCCUGGAGCUGUUUGUGAAGAUGGCUGCAGUGGCGACCAGUGCCUCAAAUGUGACGAUUCUAAAAAAGCUGCAAUAGAGGAAAAAUGUGCAGUCAUCACCAAUCCAAAAGGUCCAUUUGCUGCUUGCCAUGAUGUAAUUGAUCCUACUUCCUACUUCAGAGAUUGUGUCUAUGAUGUUUGCAUAGCCAAAAAUGAUCCAAGCAUAAUAUGUAACAGUAUUGCUGCAUAUGUGUUAGACUGCCAAGAAUUUGGCGCAAAGAUUGAGAACUGGAGAAGUGCUUCUUUCUGCCCUUUUACAUGCAGUGCCGGCAGCCAUUAUGAAACCUGCCUACUGCCUUGUACCUCUCCAUGUCCUGGUCUCGUUGAAACCCUCACAUGCACUACAACUUGUGUUGAGGGCUGUGCCUGUGAUGAAGGUUACUACUACAAUGGAACUGGCUGUGUGGUCUUUGACCAGUGCAGCUGCUAUUACAAUGGCCAAACUUACAAGCAUUAA